CUCACUAAACAUGGUAAUAAUAUCUCAAAUAUUUACCCUUAUCAGUUAUCAUAGGUGAAAAUGUGGGGUAAAAAAUAAAAUGCAACAGCUGGACGCGGUGCCGCUCGCCGCUCGCCGCUUUGGCUUAGUAGUACUGUAGUAGGAAACUAGGAAACUCCUCUCUUCGUCACUCUCCAGUCGCACCACAAAAUCCCUCACCGGGCCGCCGCCGCCUCCGCCACCAGAGCCCAACAAUCAGCCGCCUGCGUCCACCGUAGCCGCCUUCACCUUCACCUUCGCCCAAAAUCUCAAUCUCCAUUUUGCUUCACUCUGCUAUCACACUCCGCCUUCUCAGCCGCAAUCACAGUUCCCCGCGCUUUGCCAAAAUCCUCCGGCUGCUCUUGCUCGCUCGUUCCUCCUAGCUGUCUAUCUCUACAUCCUCUUCUUCAAUUCGCGGAAGGAGCUUUUACCGAUAGGUUACAUUCUGCUGUUCUUCGACUACCCACCAAUGGCUGCUACAUCAUCUUCCUUGUCAUCCUGCUUGUUGCGCGAUGGUGGACUCGGUCCUGAAUCCACAAAGUGCUAUAAUGCUAAGCAAUCAGUGUGUGGAAGUGCAAAGUCACUUUCUAUGCCAUCCAGGCUAAUAAGACAUUCCAUGGAGGCUGGUAGCCUCUCCUCGACGAGAAGUCCAGCUCGCUGCUGCAGUGCAGUCGAGACAAAGGCCAGUCCUUUAUUCACAUUAGGGAAGAAGUUCCACCUCGACGAUGUGAUCGAGGCGCAGCAGUUUGAUAGAGAUACUCUCAAUGCUAUAUUUGAGGUUGCUAAGGAGAUGGAAAAGAUUGAGAAGAAUACGCCUGGAAGCCAAAUGCUCAAGGGGUAUCUCAUGGCUACCCUUUUUUACGAGCCUUCUACUCGUACUCGGCUGUCUUUUGAAUCUGCAAUGAAGAGGCUCGGCGGGGAAGUUUUGACGACCGAGAAUGCCAGGGAGUUUUCUUCGGCUGCCAAGGGGGAGACACUUGAAGAUACGAUUAGAACGGUUGAAGGGUAUUCAGAUAUCAUUGUGCUGCGUCAUUUUGAAAGUGGUGCUACGAGGAGAGCAGCAGCAACAGCUAGCAUUCCGGUCAUUAAUGCAGGGGAUGGUCCUGGACAGCAUCCUACCCAGGCCCUUUUGGAUGUCUAUACAAUCGACAGAGAGAUCGGCAAAUUGGAUGGCAUCAAAGUGGCACUUGUGGGAGAUCUAGCUAAUGGAAGGACAGUUCGGUCACUUGCAUAUUUACUUGCAAAAUAUGAAAAUGUGAAGAUCUAUUUUGUCUCCCCUGAGGUGGUGAAGAUGAAGGACGACAUAAAGGAUUAUCUGACAUCCGAGGGGGUACAAUGGGAAGAGAGCGCCGACUUAAUCGACGUUGCAUCUAAAUGUGACGUCGUGUAUCAAACUCGAAUUCAGAAAGAAAGGUUUGGAGAGAGAACCGAUCUGUAUGAAGAGGCUCGUGGGAAGUACAUCGUGGAUAGUGAUGUGCUGAAUGUGAUGCAGAAGCAUGCUGUUGUCAUGCACCCUCUCCCCCGGCUUGACGAGAUAACUGUGGAUGUCGAUUCGGAUCCUAGAGCUGCGUAUUUCAGACAAGCGAAGAAUGGCCUCUACAUCCGCAUGGCUCUUUUGAAGCUUCUACUGGUUGGAUGGUGAAUAUUGCUGCAGGUGGUGGCUUACUGAGUCGGGGAUUUGUCGGAAAAUUUUGUUGCAUUCCCUUUGUUUACCUGAGCUGGUUUUGUAGUGCACUAAACUGAUUAGAGUUUGAGUUCAAGGAGAGAAGUGGUUGUAGAGAAGUUGAUGGACCAGGAGUUAUUUUGUUUUUGCCAUAUGAUUUUGAUUGUCAGGGUUGAUACUAUAGCGGAAUGGUAUGAAAUUUAUCAUCAGACUUUCUUCUAAAUGUUCGAGCUGUUAUGAUCUAUUGAUUCUUGACAUAAUGUUUGUUUUUUAUUUUGAUUUUUUCUAAUAUUUAAUAUUAAUUGUUAAUUUAAACCCAUAUUAUAGG